CCAUUAAACUGUAAAUUUCAAUCGUUUCACUUUAAUUUGAUGGUGGCGAGUGAAUUAAGCGAUAGUGCAUUUGUAAAUCAUCCAGGUAAUUUCAGAAGAGCGAUACUACUUGCGAUAUUUAGUACAGUACAAUUUUUGGAUGUUUUUGGUGUUUACGUUACACUUAUUUCUUUACCAGCGAUAGGUGAAGAUCUAAAUAUCGACAGUGCGACUCAAAAUUGGAUAGUUAAUGGUUACUUAGUUGCAUUUGCUUCAUUUUUACUUUUUGCCGGAUUACUAAGCGAUAGAUUCUCACCAAGGAUUAUAUUCACUAUUGGUUUAGCUGUUUUGGGUAUUUUAUCUCUAGUUGCACCAUUUUGUGAUAAUGCUAUCGGACUCAUUGUUUUGAAAUCAUUUAGUGGUAUAGGCGCAUCAGUUACAAUUCCAUCAGCUAUUAAACUUAUCACACAAAUGUAUAGAGAUACUGAAUCUCAAGCUAAGGCUUUAGGUAUCUUCUGCGCUACAGGUGGUCUUGCGAAUGUCAUAGGUACAAUUGUUGGUGGUUGCCUCACACAAGCUGAUUGGAGGUGGUGUUUCUGGAUUCUGACUAUCAUCGCAUUACCUUUGUCACCAAUUUCAUUUUUCUUGACACCUAAAGAGAAAGUUUUAUACCAUAAAGGUGCGCGUAUAGAUGUUAUAUCAGUGAUUCAAUUAGUUAUAGCAGUUGUUUUACUCAUUUUCGCACUUACAAGUGGUAAUAACGUUGGCUGGGGUACAGCACAAGUGAUAGCACCUUUGGUUAUCUCCAUUAUCACUUUUAUUAUCUUCGCUUGGUGGCAGACUAGAGUAGAUCAACGUUCAGCAUUACUUCCAAAAAGACUUUGGACUUAUCCAGGUUUCACAGUCUUAUUUGGUAUUUGUUUCAUGAUUACACCAUGGUGGACGACAACUUUAGAAUCAUUAACGAAAAUUUACAUUGACGUAUGGGAAUUUGAACCUUUAAGCGCUGUAGUACACUUUAUACCAUUCGGUAUAUCAUCAGUUUUAUGUUCUAUCUCUAUAGCUUACUUGUUACGCUACAUUAACACCAAAGCUGCGCUAUUAUUUGGAUUUAUUGCUUCAACGACAGGUGCUAUCGUUUUAGGAUUCGGUGAUGAUAUUGAUAAAUUCUGGAGAUUACAAGUACCAGGUAUGGUUAUUGGUAGUGGUGGUAGUGCGAUCCUCUAUUGCGCAAGUAAUGUAGCAAUGAUACAAUCAGCACCAAACUCUGAAUCUGGUCUCGUUGGUGGUGUUUUCGUAACAGCGCAACAAUUAGGUUCAGCUAUUGGUAUCAGUUUGUUUACUGUUGUUCAAUUACAAGUAGACAAAAGAGAUACAAGUGGUAAUGACUUCAUCGGUACAUCAGCAGGAGAUUGGUUUUUAGCUGGUGUUCACUUCUGUGGACUUCUUCUAAUCUUAUUCUUGCUUCCUUGGAAGGUAGGCGCGGGUGAGAAUGCAACUGUGGACUACAACGAGAAAGAGAUCAAUGAGGAUGAAGAAGGCAAGAAAGAUACCAAGGAAAUUGCAUGAGAUAUUUUGCAUUAAUUAUAGACAAGGAUAACUUUACUUUUAAUUCUAGGAAUUGGAUGUAUUACUUUUCACGCUUCUUAUUCAAUUUGUAACAACAAUACAAAUACAUAAUAAUUACUCUUAC